GUGGGGAAGAAGGCGAAGAAGCGGCUAUGGCGGAUGCUGAGGAGCCGGAGAAGAAAAGAAGGAGGCUAGAGGAGCGGCGGCUAGCGGGAGAGAGGCAGAGAGAGAUGGGAAUGGCUGUUGAUGGUGGGUGUGGGGACAAUGGAGACUGGGAAGGUCGCUGGAACCAUGUAAAGAAGUUCCUCGAGCGAUCUGGACCAUUCACACACCCUGAUUUCGAGCCAGGCACUCAACCCCUUGACUUUCUGUUAAACACGUGUAAAGUUCUAGUUAUUGGAGCAGGAGGAUUAGGAUGUGAACUCCUGAAAAAUCUGGCACUGUCUGGUUUUAGACAAAUUCAUGUUGUUGACAUGGACACUAUUGAUGUAUCUAAUCUGAAUAGGCAAUUUUUGUUCCGACCUAAAGAUGUUGGACGGCCUAAAGCAGAAGUUGCUGCUGAAUUUCUAAAUAACCGAAUUCCCAAUUGUGCUGUGGUACCACAUUACAAAAAGAUUCAGGAUCUGGAUGAAACUUUCUAUAGACAGUUUCAUAUCAUUGUAUGUGGCUUGGACUCAAUAAUUGCAAGAAGAUGGAUAAAUGGCAUGCUGAUUUCACUUUUAAACUAUGAAGAUGGAGUGUUGGAUCCAAGUUCUAUUAUACCUUUAAUCGAUGGAGGGACUGAAGGCUUUAAAGGAAAUGCCCGUGUGAUUAUUCCAGGCAUGACAGCUUGUAUUGAAUGCACACUUGAACUUUAUCCACCACAGGUAAAUUUUCCUAUGUGUACAAUUGCUUCAAUGCCCCGGCUACCAGAACAUUGUAUUGAGUAUGUCAGAAUAUUUCAGUGGCCCAAGGAGCAACCUUUUGGAGAAGGUGUUCCUCUAGAUGGAGACGACCCAGAGCACAUACAAUGGAUUUUUGAACAGUCUCUAGAAAGAGCGUCACACUUUAAUAUUAAAGGUCUAACCUACAGGCUCACACAAGGAGUUAUAAAGAGGAUCAUUCCAGCUGUAGCUUCUACAAAUGCUGUGAUUGCAGCCAUAUGUGCCACUGAAGUCUUUAAAAUAGCCACAAGUGCAUACAUGCCUCUGAACAACUAUUUGGUAUUCAAUGAUGUUGAUGGCCUCUACACUUACACAUUUGAAGCGGAAAAGAAGGAGAACUGUCUGGCUUGCAGCCAGCUCCCACAAAACAUAGAAUUUUCUCAAUCGGCUAAACUACAGGAAGUCUUGGAUUAUUUGACAAAUAGUGCUUCAUUACAAAUGAAGUCUCCUGCAAUAACAGCCACAGUGUACGGGAGAAAUAAAACUCUUUAUUUACAGUCAGUAGCUUCAAUUGAAGAACGAACAAGGUCGAACCUUUCAAAGACUUUAAAAGAACUGGGACUUGUCGAUGGUCAAGAACUUGCAGUUGCAGAUGUCACUACACCUCAGACUGUACUCUUCAAACUUCAUUUUACUACUUGAUAUAAAUGCAAGUGGUGUAAACAUGCACUGAAGAAAGUUUGUAAAACUAUUGUUGUGCACUAGGAAGAGGGAAGAUGAGUUAUUCAGAUCUGAUCCCUAUUAAUACAAGCAUCGCUGGAAGUUAGUUUACCCUGGUUAAAUUGCUCUUAUUUUAGAACUGUCUUUGAAAACCAAUAUUUGGUUGAUAACUGUAAAAAAGCUCUCUAAUGUACAGAUAUUUGAUGUAUAGCAUUUUUUUUAAUUUUUAAUUACACUAAGUGAUUGCCAACACUCUUUAAUGCAUGUGGAAAUCUCAUGAUGGUCAAUUAGUUCUUGAAGCACCUAUGAACCUUCUGAAUGUACAAAGUAACAUGGACAAAGAUUUUAAAUGACAUUUUAGAAUCUGUGUACAAUUUAGUUCAGAUUACCAGGCAGUAAAAUUAAAUAAGCCCAUCUCUUCCUUUAUUUAAUGUCUUUACUGAGCUAUUUGUCAGAUAUUUAGUAUUGCCAAAACAUACUGCAUUUUUUUCAAAAUAUGGAAAGAGUGUAUUUAAAUUGCCACCUGUAGAUGAGCAUUAAAUACUUGAUUUGUAUAUUUGCAACUAUUACCAGCUACUGUGCAUGGUACUGCCUGCUGAUAUUCAGGAUUUGUGUUUCACUAUUAGCAUAUUUAUUAAUAAAAAU